UGCCCUUCGUGACGCGUCUGACACCGUUGCUGUCAGUGACCAUUUUUGUGUGCACCUGGAGAACGUCACCGUGGAGGCCCGCGGUGGAGGUUUAACGGGCCCGGGAGGCACCUUAGGCCUACUCGGUGAAUCGCGAGUCGCCUCUAAUAUUCGAGGAUUUUUUGCUACCCGAAUCGGCAGCGCCCUACCAGAUACAGGAUGGCGAGAAUCAAUACUUGCACUACCAAAAAAAUUGUUAUCUGGUACGACCCGGGUGCACACAAAUUCCGUGGCAGCUGACGAAGAGGAAAAGCUACCUAAACUUCCACUUCCACCCCUUGAAAAUACUUUGAGAAAGUAUGAGAAGGCUUUGCAACCUUUGCUCAACGAGCAAGAAAAAGAACGACUUCGGAAAAUCAUCGAAGAUUUUGGUAAGCAAGGAGGACAUGGGUCUAAGCUGCAACUUUAUUUAGAAAACCGAAGGGAAAAACUAGAUAACUGGGCUUAUGAAUAUUGGUUGAACGACAUGUAUUUAAACUACAGAGAGCCAAUUCCGAUUAACUCCAACCCUGGUAUGGUAUUUCCUCCUAGAAAAUUCACGACUAUUUUGGAUGUAGCUAGAUUCGCUGCAAGACUUAUAGAUGCCGCUCUCGACCACAAAGAUAUUCUUAAUAGAAAAUCCUUACCAAUAGAAAAGGCUACUUCUAGGGAACCCGGACAACCUUUAUGUAUGGCACAGUUUUAUAGAAUAUUAGGAGCUUCCAGGUUACCUGGUAGAAAAAGGGAUUCGCAAUAUGUUUGUCCUAUACCAAAGACUGGAGAUCAAGUUUCUGAACAUAUCAUUGUUAUUUGUAGAAAUCAAUUAUAUUGUGUUCCUAUUCAAGCAUCGGAUAGAGGAAGAUUGAACGAAGACGAGAUUUGUUCUCAAUUUUUGUACAUCCUGGACGACGCACCGUGUCUGUGUAAUCCUCCUCCAAUAGGAUUAUUAACUGGUUGGAAGAGAACAUUGUGGGCCGAAGCGAGAGAAGAUCUUAUGAAUGAAGAAAGAAAUAAAAGAAAUUUAGACCUCAUCACCAAAUCAUUAUUAGUAGUGUGUUUAGACGAAGCUUUACCCAUAAACUUCAAUUGUAGACUACAAAAGGGAGGCAAAGGUCACACAACAGCUGGACGAGACGAAACCAAUCUAGCUCAUCAAAUGAUUCACGGAGGAGGUAGUACACACAAUUCUCCGAACCGAUGGUUCGAUAAAACAAUUCAACUCAUCAUAUCCGGAGAUGGUGCUUGUGGUCUAUGUUAUGAACACUCCAAUGCCGAAGGAAUUGCAGUUAUUCAAUUAGCCGAAAAGUUAUGGAAACACGCGGAUACUUUCACGUCACCUUCUGAGGUACCAGCAACUACCAGUAGUCAUCUACCUCCUCCGGAGCGCUUAGAGUGGAUACUAGAAGCUACCGAUCACAAACGUAUAGAAGAAGCAGGUUGUUAUUUGGAUAAUUUAGUUAAAGACCUCGAUUUUCAAGUUUUCAGAUUCACCGGCUACGGAAAAGAUUUUAUAAAAUCUUGUAAAGUUAGUCCCGACGUUUAUAUACAACUAGCUCUUCAACUAGCUUAUUAUAGAUUGUACGGAAAACUAACAGCUACUUACGAAAGUGCGUCUACAAGAAGAUUCAGGUUAGGAAGAGUGGAUUGUAUUAGAUCAGCCAGUCCGGAAGCUUUGGAAUGGGUUAAAGCUAUGUCACAGCCUAAAGAUGAUGAUGAGCAUGGAAAUAAAAAGGUUACUUUCCAUUUAGUCAGUGAUGAUAAGAAGAUUAUAUUAUGGACCGAAGCCGUUGCCGCCCAAACCACCGAAAUGGUGGAAAAUAUUCUAGGACAAGGUAUAGACAUACACAUUCUAGGCUUAAGAGAAGCCUCUAAAGAAACAUCACCAACAGCUGCUUCACCACUGCCAAAAUUUUUCACUGAUCCCUCAUAUAGGAUAGCUAAUAAGUUCCUUUUAUCCACAAGUCAAGUAGCUACCAAUACCAACAGCUUCAUGGGGUAUGGUCCUGUCGAACCGGAUGGUUAUGGGGCUUCCUACAACCCUAAGAACGAUAGCAUCAUCUUCUGCUUAUCUGCUUUCUGGUCUUCGGAGGUAACUAGUACGAGUAGAUUCGCGCAAUCGCUUGAAGAGAGCUUAAAUAUAAUGCAAACUCUUUUGACUAGACCUAAGUGAAAGAUGAAUGAAAGCGUUGAGUAAAUGAUUUGAUGCUCUUCCGGAUUGGAAGUUAAAUGCAAUGAUGAUAAGUUGAAGUAUUUAUUGUUACGAAUUGAUAUUAUACAGUAAGUUUUAAAUUAACAGUUGAUAUUAACUACAAGUUAUUUAAGAGAUAUAUUUCUUGUUGUAGUGCUGUAGGGGAGAGUUAAAAAUGCUCCACAAAAACACGGAUAUUAUUUGAACAUUUCAAAAUUCAUGAGAGAAGCUGUUAGUUCCGUUUGUUUUUCUCAUUUAUCAUGACUCGAGCACUGUAGUGUUGAGUAUAUGUGCCACUUCAUCAAGUAACAAUUAAACAGGGUGUUCCGAGACUUGAUGUAAAAACUUCGGGAGUGAGUGACAUAACAAACCUUGUUUCUGAUUUGUAGGCUUUUAAAUUUGCAAAAUCAGAAUUUAUAUUUAAGUAUAUUUUCUAAAUUAAACAUUCGAACAUUGUGACUUUUCAAUUGAUGCUUACGUAUGUCAUGUCUUUUUAGAGUGUUUCAUGGAAUGAAUAAUUCUACACUAUUAUCUGAAUGCCAAAGGCAGCUCAUGCCCAAUUAACAAUCCGUAACUUUUAAGAUAGUUCUUAUUUCACAACUUUAAAAGCCUAUAACUCAGAUACUAAGGGUCGUUUCAUGUCACAGUAGCAUCAUCUACUCACUCCCAAAUUUUUUGCAUCAAGUACCGGAACAAAUUUCUACGAAUAACUAUAAUAUUUCUUAUUGACUGUUUGUGCGGAGUUGUGGUAAUGACAACAAUUAAUAUAACAUCAAGAUUUCAUUAAUCAUAAAAUACUUUCGUUAGAUCGAGAUGAUGAUCCUAAGUUACGAGACUGAUAGACUUGAUAACGAUAACUUAUUUUCACGUUCUAAUCAUAACAAUGUUGAUACCCAGCAUCGGAAUGCUGGUACUUUAAACAUUGUCCAUUAUCGCAGUAAAUAAACUGCAAGUUCUAGGAAAAACAUUAAACCAUUAGGAAUAUGCAACUUCUAAAAACUGUUUGAUGCACCAACAAUCACAACUGCUUUGUUUUAUCCGCGUUUGAAUAAGUAAUAGAGACCAAAAAGAACCUCCUUGUGGAUGUACACAAGAAAAAACGCGGUAAAAGUUUCAUCGCGACAUACAUUAAAUACUUGUAAUAUGCCAUUCGGCGUGUUACGUUUUCCUUGAAAUAUUUUGAAGAUUCCUUUGUUCACGUAUUAUUGCACAGUAGUCACUUCGGAUUUAUUUAUUCUAACGUUCAAGUUUGCAAAUAAAUUAAUUUAUUAUCGACUUCCCACUCCAUUGGAAUCAAUUUCGAGGUUGUAUUGAGUUUAGCCUUAGAAAGGACAUGUCUUGUUAUAUUUAUAUUGUUUUCUCUUAUAUUUCUUUAUGUAGUAAGUAUGUGUAAGAACAUAUUUUCUCAAAUUUUUUCGAAUAUUAAUAUUUUUCGAGUUAUUACCAGAAAACUAAAUACCAUUACUUCCAUUUAUUUUGUUAAUAACAUUUUCAAUUUUUACCUGCAUGAAAAUCCCUCAAAAACAUUUUUCUAGAAGUGAUUCAGAAACCAAUGAGCCAUAGCUAAUAUUUUUUAGACUUUUAUCUAUAUUUUUCACGUUUUUGAACGUCUUGACUAGACUAACAGCCGCGCGGAGCCCUAUUUUCAACAUCAAGAUAUAAUUAUAAAUAAUGGAGAUACAGCUCUGAGAUUCCAGACUUUUUAUAGAAAAUUUCCUCCUCGUUAACGAGCUUCUCUCAAAAUUUUUUGAAUAUUAAUAUUUUUCGAAUUAUUACCAAAAACCUGAAUACCAUUUUUCCCAUAUAUUUUGUUAAUCACAUUUGUAAUUUUUCACCUGCAUCAAAAUUCUUCUUAAAAACCUUUUUAUAGAGAUGAUUCUGAAUCCAAAGAGUUAACACUCAUAUUUUUAGGACCUUUAUCUAUAUUUUUCACGUUUUUGAACUUCUUGACUAGACUAAUAUAACUAGCAAUUCUUCUCAUACUUUAAAUUCAAUAUUACUAGAAAAAGUGAAUUUUUUAAGUCCAAAAUUAAGAACAAGGGACUGUUUGUUGUUAGAAGUAAAAGAACUUAUUUUAUUGUUAGAUUUAUGAAUAUGGUUUAUAAUAUUUACAACUGUUUGUGUUCAACGGUUCAAAUGAAAUUUUGAUAUGGAUGAAAUUAUAUAAAAUUUUAUCUUAAAGUAGAAAAAGUAUGUGUUUGUUGUAUAUUGUUGAAUUGUUGUUUAACUUUCAGAUUUAUAUUUUUACGUUUCAAAUAACAAUCCACAUUUUACACAUUUGAACUCAUCGAAUAAUUGAAAAAUAACUAGAAAUGAUUCUUCUCAGUCUUCAAUAAUUAAAUUCGUAUACAAUUUGAUUGAUUAAUGUGGCUCCUUUGUCAUUUGAAGUAUCAAUUGGAAGGAUUCACAUUCUAAAAUUAUUUAAAAUAUUACUAUGUCAUAUCAAAGUUACUUUUUUUUAAAUUUAACCCUGAAUUUACCAAACAGCAAUUAUAAAAGGUCAUUGUUUGACAAAUAAAUAAUUCCCGAUUCACAAUUAAUUGUUAAAUAUUUAAAUAUAGGUAGGUAAUCAUUGUUUUGCACAGAAAAAUCGAAAUAUAUCAAACAAAUAUAUUGGUAGUACUUUGAUAAUCACAUAAAAUACAUUUGAGAAAACCGAAAAAAUAAUGUAAUAGUAUUUUUAUUCACCCUGUACCAAAUACAAUUAAGAUUAACCGGAAAAAUAAUUUUCUGAAAUUUUUAAAAUACAACAACUGUACUUUUUUAUCAUUGGCAGCUUUCUCGUUCUUAUGAAUGUGAACCAUUUCUAAAAAUUCCUUUUUGCCUAUAUUCCGUUACAUUAUUUUUUGAUUCUUCAUGAAUUAAUUUAUGUUUUUCCAAUUUUUUGUUGCUCGUUAAUGCACUUUUAUUUUUUUUAUCGUAUUGAUGACCUUUUAGUCCAUUUUAUAAAUACUGAGAUGUCUGUCCUAUGUAGACAGCGUCAGAACCUUUACAAUGUGUUUUCGUUAGAUGUAUUUUCUUUAUACAAAAUAUUCCUAUUGUGAAAAAUAUAUUGAUAAAAAACUAAUUUUAAAACAAGAGACAUAAGAUUAAGACGAUUUAGAAACAUAAAAAUGUAACUUUGAUAUUCCGGAACCCGAUUUAAGAUUGUAAAUAAUAUUAAAUUUUAGAAACUAAUGAUGGAUAUGAUCCCAAAAACUUUCUAGUUGAUAUCUAAAAGGACAAAGGAAGCAGGAGCUUAACAUACUAAUCAAUCACCCUGUAUGUUAUACGUUUUCGUAUGGUUGUUGACUAUGUAUCAUCCAUAAAUUCUUGUCAACCAGUUUAAGUAAACCCGAUAUGGUUUAGAUCUGUUUUAAUGAUUUGUAAGAUUGAUUAAAGAUGAAGAAUGAUGAUCAGAAAAAUUCAUUGUAUUAAUUAUAUCAAAAAAGUAAUUAGUUUGUAGUUAUUUUUUCAUAAAGAUUUAUGCAAUAAAUUGUAUCCUCAAAUGUUCAAAAUAUGGACUAUUGUAUUUAUUAAAUAUUUAUAUCGAUUGUUGUAAUUACAUUUAAAUAUUAUCAAAGUUUCGGUUAUGAAUGGGUUGUUACAAAAUUUUCGUUAAUAUUUUCUCUAGUUUGAGUUAGUUUUCACACAGUUUUGUUGUAACAACUUUUAAAUAACUAUUAUUAACCCACGUGUACCGAAUGAAACUAAUACAUAUCACUAAUAUUUAAGUAUUAGAAACGAACAUGUAGAAUCUAGUAGAAAAUACACCAAGUGGCAAGAUAGUUUCGGAAACCACUUCUAAAUUUUAGGCAAACACAUGAAUUGGGCAAUACUUUUUUCAUUCAUUAAGUCUUUGUUCAUUUCUAUUCAAUAAUAUUAACCAGAAAAUGAAAAAACUCAUAUAAGUAAAUAAUAGUGUUGACCUCCAAAGUAAUUUGAAAGAUUUCUUAAAUUUGAUGCAAUCAUAACUGAGAAAAUUAUUUUUUAAGGUGUAAUAUUUUGAUAAUGUGGCGUAUUCUUCAGAAUGUAUUUUUCAAUAUAGUUUACAAUUAAAUUGAAUGUUCAAAAUGACAUUUUUGGAUUUUGGAAUUCUCGUACAACAUUUUGUAUAACCUCAGGUGUUUUUUUAUUAAUUUCUUCCGUUAUCCUAACUUCUAAAUCAGCAUUAUUGUCUGCUCUAUCGAAAUAUACCUUAGGUUUUAAAUAGUCCCAUAAGAAGUAAUCACGAGGAGUCAAAUCGGGGGAUCUAGCCGUCCAAUAGAUCGAUCCACGUCUUCUAAUCCAUUUAAAAAAACCUCGUUUAAAUAAUGUCUUACUGAUGAUUUACAUCAGGAAAAAGUCUUUGUAUUGCGCCAAUAAUUCCAUUGUUAAUGAUACCAGCCCAAAAGUCAAUUUUUUAGGAUAUUUAGUGUGAGUCUCACACAUCCAGUGAGGAUUUUCUGUACUUCAAUAUCUACAGUUCUGUUUGCUAACUUUUCCGUUUAAAUGAAACGUCGAUUCAUCAGAAAAAACAAUUUUGUUUAUAAACUGCAAAUCUGCGUUUAUUCUUUCCAUCAUUAAUUCACAGAAUUCUUGCCUUCUAUCGGGAACAUCUUCAACCAACUGAACUUUGUAAGGGUGGUAUUUUUCUCUAUGCAAAACUCUCAAAAUAGAUGAUUCACUUACAUCUUUGUCGGCGACAACUUCUCGAGUUGUCUUAUGCGAAUUUUCCUCAAUCUCAAGACUUUGUUUGAUCAGUAAAUUGAAUUCUACCUGAUUUCAUAAAUAAAUAAAUUCUAAAUAUUAUAUACCAUAAUUAUCUUCAAUCUACGUUUUGUGAUAGACAUUAUCAAAAUUUUACAUCUUACAAAUCAAUUUUUUCAGUUAAAAAACGUUAUCCUGAAUAGAGGACUAAAAUCCCUUUCCAACAGGGUGUCACACGAUCCCCUUUCUUAUUUAAAAUUUUGGAGGGGGCGCUUGUAAAUCAGAGAGAAAGCUGGAUGGAGAUAAUAUUGUAAAUUGCCAAUUUAAGAAUAAAAAUCGACCACCUAGUACAUAAUAAUGCUAUAAUUGAAUUUAUUGUACAUAUUUUGAAGACAGUGCCGUCUCUAUAAGAUAUUUAAUUAUGAAGUGGACAUACUUCAACCGAUUAGAAGUAAAUUGAAGAUUUGUCUAAAAUUUUGAAAUAAUUUAUCGAAUAGGUUCAUUUCAUAUGAGAUAAUUUUGUAUAUAAAAAAUUGGUUCAGAAACAAUGAAAAAGUCCAUCAUUGUUUUUCAUAUUUAAAUAAUAUUUUAUCUGAGCUAGGAUGUAUACGUCGAUAAAAUACAAUUUUUGGAGAAGUAUAGAAUAAUGGCUGUUGGUUGAAUCAUUUAAUACGAAGUCCUGAAAAGAAUAUGACAAAAUUCAAUUAUCAUUUAAAAAUUAGCUUUUCAAAUAUAUUGAAAUCUAUAAUAAUUUGCAGAGCAAAUCAAUAAAUAUUACGUAAAAAUGAGGGAAUAUUAAGGAGGUUUCAAGAAAGGAAGAUGAACAGUAUCAGAUAUUUACCCUCAAAACUAAUGGAUAAAAGUUAUAAGCUAAAUCAAGACGUUUCAGUUAUGUUUAUAGAUUUUAAGUAGGCUUAUGACACAGUAGAUAGCAAUGAAAUGUAUGUUGCCCCCAAGAUAACUUACACAGUGGAGUAGCAAUUUAUGAAAUUAUAUCAGAUAAAUUUGGGGUUGAAAAGGGAUUAAAACAAAGAAAUCCAGUGGUUUUUAAUCUAGCGUUAGAAAAAAUUUGACGAGAUAAUAAAAUAUAAACAGAAUAUACAGAAGAUUUAGCUAGUAAACUAGAAACAAUUGCAAAAGAUUGGAGAUUAAGAAUAAACCAAGAGAAUAUAUGAUGUAAAUACAGAAUAUUAUAAGUAGGAAGGAAUAUAUAGAGAAAAAACCUGGAAACAACACUGUCAAAUGAAAAUGAAAAGAGUUGACUGAAAUAGAAAUAAAUGUAAAGCCGUUGCAUCGUUAAAGAGUUGAUUAGAUCAAAAGAAUUAUCCAGAGUAGUCAAAAUUAGAAUAUACUGAACAUUAAGUUUAAGAAGAAACAAAACUGGUUAUAUGAGAAAGGAAAAUUUUUGGAUGAAUAAGAAUAAAUAAAGAACGGAGAAGAAUUAUGGAAGGAAAAAGUGGUUAGAACAGAAUUGGGGUGCAAAAGAACAGAAUUGCAAACUGUGGAGAGGAAUUGUGGAAUCAGUUGAAAUAUUUAUUCAUAUAAGAACAAUUGGAUCAUUUGGUUCGCAUGUCUUUUGAAAGAUUCAAUCAUCAUCCUAACAGAAUAAUACUAUAAUAAUAAUAAUAAAUACUAUCAAAUAAUUUGCACCCUCCAAAACAGCAAAAAUACCGUGCUCUUGAAAAACUUCAAUUAUUGUCAGAAAAGUGUUUAGAUCAAGGAAUAAAUAGCUUUGGUUUGAUUUGUACUAUCUAAAAGUGUAAAAUCAAGUAAAAUUAUUAAUUAUUAAAUUAUUCAUACCCGAACGUGCUGGGGUCAAUUGAGCCAUUAUGAAAUUGGUUUCCUCAGCUUCCAAAUGAUUGUUGAAAUAUUUCUCUUCAUCUGGAAUAAAGAUCAAUAGAGAAGAAUAUACAGUCUGAUACACCAGCUAAUAUUUUUUAUAAUAACUUACUAAUCUAGUAUAUUCGUUGAGAAUAAAGAAGUAAUGCAUUAUCACUAAGAAAUCAGUUACCAGAAGAUAAAUGACAACGACAUCUAGGUGUAGUUACCAUAGAAAUGUAGAUACUGUGAUAAUGUGGAUACUUGAAUAUCGGAAUAAAUGAGGUGGAAAUUCAUGGUGUUGUAUCUAUUCUUUCCAAUAGAAACUCGAGAAUGAAAAUGCAUCAAAUUUUAAUGAAUGAUUUCGCAGUUUCAUAAGUAUCUGAUAAAUUGAAUCAAACAUUUCAGCACAAAUAAACUGAAAUAAAUAUAUAAGUUCGUAAUAUCUGUCACCAUAUUCUUUUCAAAUUAUCUACGACUUUUAAAAAUGGUCCAAAUUGCCACUAAUAAUUGAGAUUCUCCAAAAAUAAUAAUAGUUCGAUUAAAUUAUUUAUCGCAUCGAGUAUACUUCUUGGUUUGAUAAUAUGAAUAUAAUAAACAAAUUUUUUGUAUCAUUUUUUGCUUCUGUGGGAUCUCAAAAGCUCUAAUUAUGUUUUUAUUAAAGCUUAAUAACAAUACUCAAUCUUCACUAUUACUUUUAGUUUUGAACGACAGUAAUAAAAAUUUAUCUUCUGUAAAAUUUUACAGAAGUAAUUAAUCUUUGAAAGGUUGAUGAUAAAAGCAGGUAUAAUUUCGAAAAACCAUAUGAAAUCCUUGGCAUUUAUUCCCUUCAACUCUGGCAAAUGAUCCCAAGCACUCCACAACUAUGAGGUAUUAAGGUAGAGUGCAUUCAAAAAAGUGGAAAAUCACUUGCAUUUGGUUAUUUCUAUUUUGGUAAAUAAUCUCAAAUUCUCCACAAAAAGCUAUAAUAUAAAUAGAAUAAUCUCAAGCCUUCUAUAUAACAGUAAUUAUCUAUGAUGUUUAUUUAUUGAAUUCUGGCAAAUAAUCUCAAGAUCUUCUGCAAAAAGAGCGAAGAUAAACUGGUUUCAAAGAAGUGGUAGUCAUCCUUAUGGUACAUCAAAUAUACCCACAAUCAUCAUGCCAAAAAGCCAAGAAUACAGUCUUGAAAAUACUGAGAAAUAUUGUACAUUUAUACAUAUAAAUUGCCUUACAACAAGUGGAAUCGCAUCGACAUUAUAAACUCACUUCCCCGGCAGGAGACUCUUCCUGAGGUAGUGGUAUUUGGUAUCUUAUAGUAUAUAAAAAAUUAGUACUCAUAUGGGGUGAACAAUAAAUAUUAAAUUGGACGCAACAAGCUUUUCGACGCUAGAAGUAACUAAAAAAAGGCCAAAUCGCAUGUUACACAUUCAUUUUCUAAGCUCUGGAAAUCAAUUCCAAACUUUCCAAAUAAAAGAACCUUGAAAGAAUUGGAAAAUGUUUGGUAUUUAGACCCUAAAGUAUGGCAAAAAUAUCUUAUUCUCCACGCAAAAAAUGUUGCAGAAAUUAUGUACAUAUAAUACAUACAAAUUUGCCUAAAAAGAGCCCUUCACAUAAAAUAUUGCGAGGGCAUGAAAAUUGGCCUGACAAGAGUGGAGAAUAAUUAGUAUUAUUUCAGGGUUAUAUUUGUAAAUGAUCUCAUCAAACCCUCCUUAUAAGAGAGUCAAGUGAACUGCCUCAAAGUCUGGAAAUUCUCCACGAGUAGAAGCCAAUAAAAUUUACCAUAAAGCUGGUGGUAAAUCAUUGGUAUUUAUUCAAUAAACUGUGGCAACUAAGCCCAAACUUUCCGCCAUCAUUCUCUGCCUUGAAAAACGUGGAAAAUCAUAAGAAUUUAUAUAUCUCCAUUCUGGAAAACUGUAAUAAACUUUACAUGUGCAAAAGCUUAGAUUUACUGCCUUGAAAAAAGUCAGAAAUCAUUGGCCUUGACUUGAUUUGAUCUGGAAAAUAAAUCCAAAUUAUUCCCAAAUAAGAACCUUGAAAGAGGUUUAAAUAAAUUGGUAUUCACUCUGAAGAACCAUAUUAAAUUAGGCACAUAAAAUAGUUAAGAUAAACUGUCAUGGAUGAAGUAGAAGAGCUUGGGAUUUAUAUUAAGGCAUUUUGGUAUACAAUCAUGAAUUUUGGACAUGCAAGAAACAAAAUAACCUGCUUCAAUAUCUUUGAAUAUAUUAGCUUGAGACAUUGAAACGACAAAACACAUUUGUUGAUUGAAUAAUUGUUAAUCUACUAUUUUCAAUAUUUAAUCUUUAUUAUCAUUUAUUGAAAUGAAUUUUGAAUUACAUUUCAUCGUGAUUUUGAAGUGAAAUAAUUGGUUGUUAGCUUGGGGAUCCCGAAUGUAUAUUUUUAUGAUAUAAAUGUGUAGAUGUACGUAGUUUAGCAAGUAGUUACUGUACAUAGAUUAGAGAAUUCGUGUACUAGCAAUAUCAACAUAUGUAAUUAUACUUUUUUCCCAAAA